GCGAUGCCUCAUCCCUAGGAGAGUGUCCAGAUACUGCCACACCAUGAAUAACCACAUGCGACAAAAAGAUGGCCCGGGGUCCCUGGAAGCGCAGCCUUGGUUACGCCACUGAGUCAGAUCGAUGGGCUGGACAUGGAUAGCUUGUUUAGCAACAUUGAAUCCGUGCAUCAGAUCUCAGCCAAGCUGCUGGCAUCACUGGAAGAGGCUACCACAGAUGUGGAACCAGCCCUGCAAGUCAUUGGGGAAGUCUUCUUGAAGAUGAAAGGGCCACUGGAAGACAUUUAUAAAAUCUACUGCUAUCACCACGAUGAAGCCCAUGGUGUGCUGGAGUCCUAUGAAAAGGAAGAAGAACUGAAGCAGCAUUUGAGCCACUGUAUCCAGUCCUUAAAGAAAAUAUACAUGCAAGAAGGCAAACCAAACCUACUGGACAUGGGGUCUUUGAUGAUCAAGCCCAUCCAGCGUGUGAUGAAAUACCCCUUGUUACUGUGUGAGCUGCGCAACACCACCCCUGCUUCACACCCCGACUUCAGUGCUCUGGAGGAUGCCUUCGCGGCAGUGAGGGACAUUAAUGUCAACAUCAAUGAGCUGAAAAGACGCAAGGACCUGGUUCUAAAAUACAAGAAGAAUGAUGAAGAUGAAUCACUCAAAGACAAAUUGUCUAAACUGAAUAUUCAUUCAAUUAGCAAGAAAUCAAAAAGAGUGACAAAUCACCUAAAAAUCCUGACCAGAGGCGAGUCACAGGUGAAAGACAGUACCUUUAAUAGAGAAGAGAAGCUAUUUAGGUCCUUGGAAAAGACCGUAAGGCACUGUGUAAAGAGUACUUCAUUCUGUCUCCAGCACAUACAGGAAGCCAUGCCCUUAGCCCUGCAGAGUGCGGUGGGGCUUCAUGAGAUCUCAUACAGCGAAGAUGAGGAGGAGAGGAGCUGUCCCGAGGCCCCCAGGAGUGCCCCAAAUCCCUGUGACGACUUUGCAGCCCAUCUACAGAGGCUGGUCCUGACGCCCCUGUCUGCCUUGCUGUCCCUCUUCCCGGGGCCACAGAAGCUUAUCCAGAAACGUUACGACAAGCUGCUGGACUACAACAGCUACCUGCAGCGGGCGGCAGGUGCCGAGUCGGACUUGGCCAAGAAGGAGUAUGAAGCUCUCAAUGCACAGCUUGUGGAGGAGCUGCAGCUGUUCAACCAGGCAGCCCGGAAGAUUCUGCUGAACUGUCUGUGCACCUUCAUCACCCUCUUCAGGGACCUGACAUUGGUGGCCCAGCGGCUUUACCCCACAAUGGGGCUGGCACCUCUGUCGGCCUCAAGCAUCUCUGAAAUUCAGAACCGAGUGCUAGAAGAGGUUCAAAACCUGAACUUUGUAAAGGACAACAGCGCCACCUUCAUUGAGAGGAAGCUCAGUUUUGAAAAGAAGAAGCCUGUGCAAAUUCUGCCAGAGGCACCGCGUCAGACCGACGCCCAUCGCUCGAAGCUCCUCUCCAUGUACAGUACAGAGGGGCUCUACCAGGCCAAGCGCAAGUGCAAUGCCACCCAGGAGCUAGACAUCAACCUGCUGGAAGGGGAGCUGGUGGCUGUGAUGGAACAGAAGGACCCCCUGGGGAGCAGCAGCAGGUGGCUCGUGGACACAGGGGUUUUAAAGGGCUACGUGUACUCCUCCUUCCUCAAACCCUACAAUCCAGCCAGAGUGCAGAAGGCGGAUGGCGAUGGCAGGCUGCGCGAGGAGGAUUUUGAUAACAUCAACCUCUUCGUGUCCUCCCGGCCAGCCAGUGACAGUGUGACAGGCACCCCAGAGGGCAGCAUCAGCGACAGCAGCUCCUCCCUCAGUGGCAUGUGUGGGAAGUUUGAAACAAACGGCACUGAUGCUGACAGUUUUCAAGAGGUGGAAGAACAGAUUUUCUAUGCAGUCCAUGCCUUUCAAGCACGGAGUGACCAUGAACUCAGCCUUCAGGAAUACCAGAGGGUGAAUAUACUUAGAUUUUGCGACCUAAGUGGCAAUAAAGAGUGGUGGCUGGCUGAAGCUCAAGGACAAAAGGGAUAUGUGCCAGCUAACUACCUGGGGAAGAUGACUUAUGCCUAAGGAAACAAGCCUUGGACUUUUAUUUUCUGGCAAACUGUUGAUUGACUACCUCAUAAAACUGACAAGACAACAAAAUGUUGCCUAGAAAUUGGGAAAUGUCCAAAAGAUAUGAAUUGAUACUGUGUCAGGAUUUAAGGCGCUUCCUACCAAGAUCAUUUCAAAAUGUAUUAUGAAGCUUACAUGUGGAAGGAAACAGAAAACACAGAGCCAGCAAAAGCAACAGCCCACUGUCCAGCUACCAGCUACUUACAUGGAGGUCUUCGAGAAGGUAAAUGUGCUCUUAUCAUGGGAGCUUGGCUCUGAGGAGAGAAUUUUAAUUUGCUGUACUUUAUUUUAUUUGGCUGUAUCAUGUAUUUUGCCUCCAAUGUUUUGGCUUUUCCUAAUUGUGUCUCUUGCACAUAUAUACACAUGACAUGUACAUUACGUGGUUUAUACACACUGUGGGAUAGACACCCGUAUGCAUAAACCAGGGAGCACAUUCAAUACACAAUCAAGUAACUGCUAACUAGAAGUCUUUGAUACAGAACCUCUAAUGUAAAUUUUGAAUGAAAAAAACUGGAAUUGUGUGAGAAGCAUCAUGUCUAACUAACAUCACUAAACGUGUUCACGUCUAGAUGCUUUAGACACGGUAACGGUAGCUGAUCUGACACUCACAGCAGUGCGAGGGAGCUGUGGCCACAGAGAUGAAGUCCUUUAGUCCAGUUACGUGGCUUGUAAGUGGAGGAGGAGGGGCUCUAGCCCAUGUCUGGUUCUGGAGCCACACUUCUAGCCACGACCCCGGACUAAGUCCAGGGGAGACAGAUGUGCUAUUGGCAAAGCACUUAGUGAUGCAAACCCCUGACACUGAUGAGGACCCUCUUCCUCUCAGGCCCUAAUGGAGAACUGAGCAGCUUUUCAAUAUCCAGGGCCAGGACUCCUCAGACUGCUACAUGUCCUUCCCAUAGCACUGCUGUUCAGGUCUGUGAUUCCCCAACAGAACCAACAACAAAUGUCCUUGUGCUUAAAAAAAAAAAAAAAAAAAAAAAUCAAGGGGCUAUAAGAGCUUCCAUGUUAACUUACAGAAAAGGAAAUAAGUAGUUUAUUAUUUUUAUUGUUUUGCUUAAACAUUUUUGAAAGUAUAAUUGUUAAAAACUAUCCUACGUGAUUGCUAAUGAUUUUUUUCUAGUUUAGAUCAUUUGUUUUAAUCAGCUUUCAUUGAUUUACCAUUCGUUUACAAAGCUAAUGAUACUUUCAUGAGGAAGUAUUUUUGGAUGGCUCAGUCAUUUGGGUGAUGAAUGGGGAAUGUGUGUUCUGUGUUCUGAGCCAAGACAAAAAUAUUUUUAGUAGCAGAUUUGUGCUAAGACAAGGCAGGCACUGAGAAUUUCAUGUGCUGGGACACCAGACUUCAGUCAGGCAUAGCUGAGAACUGUCCCUGAAGAUUUCAGGUAUAUUUCGUCAAAACAUUUUAUUGAACUAAAGAUGCUUCUCUGAAACAGGAAUGGUUAAAUUUGACUUAGUGGUUUCCUUAAAAACCAAAAUAAGGUGGACUUUCCUUGUCCGCAUAAAAUGUGCUAUUAUAUAUUAAGACUUGAUUGCUAUUUUGAAAGAUUUGAUACCUAUAUUUUUGUUACAUAUAUUGUGGAGGAAUGAAUACAACAAAAUCAAGAGUGCUGCUUUUCCAAGGGCAGCUGUCUUUAACAUACAUAUUUGGCAUGUACAAUCACAGAAAUUCAUGAAGAGAUUUACGUGUGAAAUUUGCAUUUUAUACUUCUGUUGUUAAAACUGUUAACCAAAACAUGGUUUUAUAAGGUUCUACUGGCAAAUUAUUUCUACAUAUUUUCUUAUUUUGAGUUGAAAGCCAAAAGUCUAUUUUUUAAAUAUAGAAGGAAUUUUUGUAUUUUUUAGAUGGUCCUUUCUACUGUAUUUUGAAACAUAAAAAAAUUCCAUUUUGUCUAGGGAAAAUCCAAACUUGCUACUUCUGGAAACUAUGAAUAUGUCCAGAAACUGAAAGAGUGGAUAGAUGCAUGCAAAAAUACACAUUUAAGUUUGCUGUGGUAUUUAUCUAAUACAUUAUAAUUAGUACAGAAGGUCUAAUGCAUAGUUAACAUACAAAUACAGCACUGUAUGAAAUACUUUUAGUGCUGGUAUAUUCUGUAUUUUGUUUAAAGUGUGUGUGUGUGUAUGAAAUUUGUGACCUCAAUACAACCUCCAAAAUGAAGAAUUAUGUAAGUGGAACAUAACUGAUUUUCUGGCUUAGAUAAGUAACUCCAGUUCAUGAGAAGUGUUGCCUACCCGCGUGACCCCCAAAAGGCCGCUUCCUGUCUGACCUGGGAAGUAGGCACCCCACUUGACCACAGCUGCAGUGAGCUCUGAGCGCAAGCUUUGAGGAAGCCCACUGAAGCCGCUGCCCUGGGGAGGAACACAUAUUAAAAUAAAACUAUUGUUGUGCUUUGAAAAAUACAAACUACAUUUCACAUUUUGCUUAGAUCUUACUUUUUUUUUUUAAAUGUUGUAAAUACCCUCAUUUUCUAAGUGUGUUGUUUAAAAUCAAGUUGUUUUGAGCACAGCCAUCUUGUUGGGCCUAAGAGAAAUAAAAAUUCCAAGAUAGGAGAUGUGUUAAGUCCUCAAGUGAAGUUUACAAAGAGAAAAUAGCUGGUGUCAUCCUCAUAAUUAUGGCGAGGUAAGUUAAUAUAAUUACUCCUUUAUUUUUAAAAUUAAAUGUUAUU